UUUGCCGCCAAUCGCAGCUCUCAACUCUGCUCCUUUGAUUUUUUUUCACUCAAAUAUAAAAGGUAAACACACCCGUAAACCCUAAUCAUCUUCUUCAUUUUCCCCGGCGCUUGGUUUUCGCUAAUCGAUAAAACUAAUAGUACAGUUUUUCGACACACAAAAAGAGCAUGGACACUUCAAAUCCGGCGGUUUUCGUGAACGCGGAGCUGCUCCGUCUGUACGUUGGCCGGAGAGUCCGCGCCGUGAUUCAGGUGCUCAGAUCGGACGGCGGUGGGUCCGUCGUUGGGAAAUCGACGGAUGAGCAGCAGAUUGUCAUCAAGGGCCGGCCCCCUGCCCCGCUUUCAACCUUCGUCGAGGUCAUCGGCAUUGCCGACAGCAACCAGUCCAUUCAGGCCGAGAUUUGGACCAAUUUCGGCGAUAAUUUCGAUACAGCAUGCUACAACAGUGUCUGUCAGCUUGCAAAUGGGGAAUUCAAGCACUUCAGUUUUAUGGCACAUCGAAAAUCUAUCACAUAUCUAAAGCAGCAGGUUUUUGGCACAUCGAAAAUCUAUCACAUAUCAAAUCCUACAUGGAUCUUCUUGUGUGAUGUCUCGUGGGUAGUGUUCUGGCAAAGUUUAAGAAUGUUUAUGGGUUUGUCUGAGUAUCUAAGGAUUAUGAAUACUAUUGGGAAGCUUUUCUGGGAUUUUGAUUCUGAAUAUUUGAGGAUUAUGAAUACUUUUAGGAAGCUUACUGACAAUCAGGCACACCCACAAUUCAACCCAAGAUUAAUACUUGAAGAAUGA